UCAUAUUCCUCAAAACAUUCAAGUAGUAUUUUUUUAUCGUUUUACCACAUGAAAAACGUUGAUCAACAGCGCCUACAUAUUUGAAUAGCUCUGAUGUGCUGCUUUGAUCGCGGUAGCAGUGAUUCGACCCAAUACGACAGCCGCCCUUUUUUUGCUUAGACAUCUUAUCCGUAAAUAUACUCUUCAUCAUCUUCCAUGACAAUUUUCAGGAAGUUUUCAUCAACAUUCGAACGAUAAAACAACUUCUAAAUGUUUGUGAUUCGGUUUUCUUUUUGCACACUUGUCAACAGACGUAGGAUACAUUUUACAGUAGCAUGAUGCAUCUCCAAUUGUACUUUUAAAAGCAAGCGCUGCGAACUUGUACAGAACUUCUUGGACAGUUAGAAUACGAUUUUCAGUGAUCCCAACAUGCUCUCUUUCGCAAUAUGAUCGUCACCCGCUCUCGUAGAAGGCGUCCAGAUUUAGAAUCGUCUUCAGUGGUUUGUUCUUUCUGAUUUCAAACCCCGGUACUACUCAUGACAUGGCGCAUGGUUCAAAAACUCUUCUUCGUCGGCUUUAGCAAUAUAAGAAAAAAAUCCGUAAAAGAUUUUUGCCAACCUGAAACAGAAAUCCAUGCAACGAAUCUCAAAAGAUAUUAAACAUAUGUUCACGCUCACGAGUAUUGAUCAAUAACUAACCAGUGUGAUGAGAGAGAUGUGACUAUUAUCGAACUGUAAAGUAAGACCAUCAAUACACACAGUACAACAGUUGCGAACACAACAGUUGAGAACACGCUACGUCAGCUGCUUAGCGUACUGUCUUAAAAGCCUGGUUUCUGUUUAGAAAGAUUUCGUGAUCGUCAGAACAUCUAGAUGUCCUGAAGGUUAACUUCAAAUAGUAAUGACAGGACAUCAUUAACCAGGACUGAAUGUCUGGAAAUUAUGAGUGAAGUUUCUAAACUUCUGCAGAGUUGGAUCUUAGAUUAUGCAUGCCAUCACCGUUUUGAAUCCAUCAUACAAAGUAUUAGCAGACGAAACGAUGGUCACCUGGAAUCAUUGGAUGUUUGCCAUUCACGACUUGCCUGUUCCACCAUUCACUUCAUUGUUCAUAAAGAACAAUUCUCAUAUUUUGACACUGUCAUUAAUAUUAUCGAACAGUUACACAAGGACUUUCCAUCCCACAUGAUCAAUGACAAUACAUACAAUCGCCUAAUUAUUGGUUUGAAAAUAAGAGUUUUUUUGUAAAAAUUAUUUUACAAAGAUGCAUCGGCCUUACAAUCAUUAAGUAAUGAGUUUGAUUCCUAGACCAGGCUGUCUGUUGUGUUCCUAAGCAAAGCACUUUCAUUUCAAGUUGCUCCAGUUCACUCAUCUGAAAAAAUGAGUUGCAACGUCACUGGUGCUGUAUCAGCCUUGGCCUUUCUCUUGGAUAACAUUAUUGAACUUGAAUGUAACUUCAAUAAUGUUCUGCUCAAGCUGAAUGCCUAUUUUCCUCGUAUGCCUGCCAAUAAUGGAAAUGGACAGUUGCUUGAAAAGCAGAGGAAAUUUAGGAAAUUUUUUCUGUCUCUAAUCGCAAAUAAAAACCAAAGGAAACUAUACCUAAAUAAUGAAUUUAAUUCAGAAUUUGGCCAUGACUUCAUGGAGAGCGUUAAGACUUUAACUGAUAAUUUUUUAAGCGACUUAGAAACUUAUCUGACGCCUCCAGUCAUAGAUCUGCUUUUGGCUUCUGACGAUUUCCAGAAUUUGCCUGUUUUAUCUCCAGAAACAGAAAUGUUGUUGGAUUUUAUAUACGAUGUUAAAAACCAACCAAAUGGAGAUGAAGCAUCGGACGGAGAGCAAGAAGAAAAGACUUUAAUGUUCAAAGAACAGGAUCUGUUGCAUAUGCUCGAUCUGUUGUGUCCCCUUCACCCAGAAGAAGCACCAUCAUUUGACCGCCAUAUUCUAACAAGAUCGGCUCAUGAUUCUGUCUCACCAGAUGAAGAGAAACCACCAAUUUGUUCUGAACAAAUUCAACCUCAAGAUAAUCCUGAUGAAGAUCUUCAACAGAAUGAACAGGAACCUCUGGAAUUUUACACUCUAAUUUAUCUCAGCCCUGGCGAAGAAUCUGAAGAUAAUGAAAAUGAAAAGUCAACAUCCUUACUAACUCAAGAAACCGACGAGCUAAAUUUGAAGCAAAAAAUAGAAACAUCUUCAGAAUCUUUACAAGAACCAGAGAUAGAGGCACAGUCAGAACUUUUACAAGAACCAGAGAGAGAAACAUGUUCAGAAUUUUUACAGACUAAUUUAAAAGAAAUUAACCUCAAACCAGUUUGUGACUUACCUAGAAAAGAAACGAAUUUGAUUGGAUCAAAUGCCUUAGUUCAACAAUCUACCUGUUCCGAAUUUUCUAAUGAUGAACAAAUUGUAAACAUCUCAGUUCAGAAUUGUACAAAGCCUUCCCAUAGUAAUAAUUAUAAUCUUCAAAGUAAUCUUAGCUUUGACCACAACUUCACUGGUGAAUCUGAUAUCUUUCAGUCAUCUGAUAGCUGCUCUGAUUCUGAGUCACAUAAUAAUUUUGUGUGUCCACCAAGCUCAGAUUCUGAACAGAUAUUUUAUUGUGGUAAUAUUUUCGACGCUGAUCCAAACUAUGUUUGUGAUAAUGAACAACCAGAGAAAGGGAUCAAUGCUAUUAAUAGUAAAUCAUUCAGGAAUGAGGAUAUAUCCACCAUAUCUACACCUGAAAUGAGAAUAUGAAUGAAAAAACUUAUUUUGUUCAUAAAAAAUUUAAAAGGUUAUUUUUUUAUUCAUCUCAUAUAUACAGACAUACAGACACACAUACAAAAAAAAAAACAGUAAUUAUAAUUAAAAAAUUUAACAACUUCAUUACUUUCAAAAAGCUGCUAACUUUUUAUCAAAAGAGUUUUUGCAGAUAUUUUUUUAUUGUGUGUUUCAAACCAGUUUUGAGGUCAGGAUCUUUAGCUACUAAUCUCCGUGUUGUCAAAUUGUGUAUAGAUCCAAAUGCUAUUGCAAUUACUGUACAAGCAAGACAAAUCACAUUAUAAGGCAUGCUAAAGUCUGGAGUUGGCAGUGAGAGCAGCAAGUUUUCAGUAUGGAUCCUCACAAGAAGCUGAUCAGAAUCAGCUGAUUCUCUGAAACUAAACAAAAUUUUUUAUUAUUUCAUAACAUAUGUACAAUUGAAUUUCUUUCUUUGAAAAUUAUUUAUUUCAUCCUACAUAAAAUAUUAGUAACUUAUUUAAAGAUAAGGAAAUAAUUUCAUUCUCAUACGCAGGAUAAUGCUAUUGCCAUAUUCCAGGGAGAAAACCUAGAAGAGGUUGAUAGCCUCCGAUAUCUAGGUGACCAAGUUAGUAGUGGGGGAGGGUGCGCUGCUAGAAUAAGAAUAGCCUGGGCAAAGUUCAGAGAGCUCUUACCUCUGCUGGUGACAAAGGGUCUCUCUCUCAGAGUAAAAGGCAGACUGCAUCAUACAUCAUCAUCAUCAAGCGGACGUUAAACGAUGAUGAUGAUGUAUGAUGCAUGUGUACGAACAGCCAUGCUUCAUGGCAGUGACCCCUAAAUCCAAGGCCUCUGCCAGGGGUGUAGCCAGCCCACUUAUGCGUACCUUUCCUUCAUUGGACACAGAACUCAGCUUGCGAAGACUUGUUGGGGCAAGCGAAAUCAUGAUGGCACCUGUGCCCAGCGUCGCCUUUCUGGCACUUGUGCCUGCAGCAUGUGUAAGGACUUUCAAGCGAGAUCAUUGCCAGUGCCCCUGGACUGGCUCUUGUGCGGGUGGCACAUAAAAUACACCACUUUUGAGCGUGGCCGUUGCCAGUACCGCCUGACUGGCCUUCGUGCCGGUGACACAUAAAAGCACCCACUACACUCUCGGAGUGGUUGGCGUUAGGAAGGGCAUUCUGGUGUAGCCAUCGGGUUUCACCGGUCCUCAGUCAAAUCGUCCAACCCAUGCUGGCAUGGGAAGCAGACGUUAAACGAUGAUGAUGAUAAACUACCCGUAUUUUGCAGAAAAAUGUGUCGGUGGCCAGCCAACACGUUAUUUUAUUGAAUUUUUUUAUUAGUUACUCUCCAUAUUCAGUAUGUUAUCCCUACCACUUAACUAUAUUUCCUUCAUGCAGAAGACACCCCCAGUCUUUACUAGUUUCAGUUUCCUUAAUUAAACUAAAAAAAAUAGUAUGGGCUCUGCUCAUUCUCUGUUUAAAGAUUUUAUAUUGUAUCAACAGCUUUAUAAAUGAAAAUAAUUUCAAUUAGGUUUACCUGUCAAUUAGUAUAGAGGAUUGUUGUCGAGGAGAAGUGUAGUUUCUAGCCACAGGAAGGAUUGCAGAAAUCACAGCGGAAUUGAUAUAAAAACCAUGAUUGGCAUCUGGAGGAUAUUCUGUCCAUUUCAGGAAGGCACGGUCAAAUUCAAAAGAAAGUGAGCUCACAGAAUUUGGUGGGAGUUCAACAACUAUUUCUAAAGUGUAAGGCUGCACUCUGUCUUUUCCUUGUAUAUAGUUUAUGGCAACUAGGAAUAAAAUGAAAAAAAAAAAAAAGAAUGAUAUAUAUUACUAAUGAAAAGACUAAUUUUAAAUGUUUACAUCUCAAUACAGAAAUUAUACUUAAUCAGUUUAUUACAUAUGUUAAUUAGCAAUGGUUUUAAAAACAUUAGGGUAAAAUUAGCCAACAGUGAGACCUCAAUUAAGAGAAUAUCUUCAAUUAUGUAAAGCGGCUUGCCACAUUAAAUUACCAAAUAUUUUUUUUAUUUUUAACCAUCUGUCAUGUUUUGUAGUAUUCCAAAAUACAUUUUCUAGCAAAAAGUUACCACUUAAAUGUUUUUAACACUGUUUUCUCUUCUAAUUUUUAUUAAACAUCUUUUCUUUCUCCCUUCAUUAUAAUUCAAGUUACUUUUGAUUAAACUUUUUUUUUUUUG